UUGCUACCUACAGUGUGUGCCUGCGGAUGGACUGGCGUUUUCAUUCCGUUAAAGCUUUCACUAUUGACAGCUAACUCGUGCUCGAUCUAGUAAGUGACAAACUUACUGAGAAAAGUUCAGAGUUCAGUUUCGCAUGGCGGACAUUUUGUACAUUUAUUCCUUAGAUAUUAUUCACCAAAUGACAAGCUAGCUGUGUCCAAUUUGACCGAGAAUCCAGCAUGUGUGCUUUAUCACUGUCCUGCUGGACUAAACUCCAGCCGAGAACACAGAACAUAGGGGCACUCCUUCAAAAGAGCGUCUGUGUUUGUCCUAACCAAGAUUCCAGACAGCACAGCUCAGGGAAGCGCAAGAGGAGGGUUGUUAUUACUGGUAUAGGGUUAGUGUGUCCUCUGGGCACAGGGACUGCUCUACCCUGGGACCGCCUGAUUCAGAGCCAGAGUGGAGUUGUUGCCCUUGAGUCAGAGGGGUACAAGACAGUGCCCUGUAAAGUGGCAGCGCUGGUACCCAGAGGGAGUGAACAGGGUCAGUUUGGGGAGGAGAGGUUUGCCUCUCGCGGGGAGAUCAGCAGCAUGUCACCGGCCACUGUAAUGGCCCUUGGAGCUGCUCAGCUGGCUCUGGAGGACUCGGAGUGGUACCCCACAACCACAGAGGAACAGCUCAACACUGGGGUGGCUGUCGGCAUGGGCAUGGUGUCGCUGGAUGAAAUCGCUCGCACCGCCACUGCCUUCCAAGAAAAGGGCUACAACAAAGUCAGCCCCUUCUUUGUGCCCCGGAUCCUUGUCAACAUGGCUGCUGGGCACAUCAGUAUCAAACACAAACUGAAGGGUCCCAACCAUGCUGUGUCCACAGCGUGCACCACAGGCGCACAUGCCAUAGGCGAUGCCUCCAGGUUCAUCGCCCACGGGGAUGCAGUUGCUAUGGUUGCAGGAGGAACAGAAUCCUGCGUGGGGCCUCUGUCGAUGGCCGGUUUUGCCAGAGCACGGGCCCUCGCCACCAAAUGGAAUGACAACCCCACGCUGGCCUCGAGGCCCUUUCACCCAGAGAGAGAGGGCUUUGUGAUGGGCGAAGGAGCGGCGGUGCUCCUGCUGGAGGAGCUGGAGCACGCAGUGAAAAGAGGAGCCAGGAUCUACGCAGAGGUCCUGGGAUAUGGACUCUCAGGGGAUGCCAGCCACAUCACCGCACCCACUGCAGAUGGAGAUGGAGCAUUCAGAUGCAUGUCUGCUGCCCUCAGAGAUGCUGGCGUCUCACCGGCAGAUGUGACUUACGUGAACGCCCACGCCACGUCCACACCUUUGGGGGACGCAGCUGAAAACGCCGCCAUCAAGAGGCUCUUCCAGCCAAACCUUGAGAGCCUGGCUGUCUCCUCCACCAAGGGAGCCACGGGCCAUCUGCUGGGGGCCGCAGGGGCCCUCGAGGCAGCGUUCACCGCUUUGGCCUGCUACCACGGGGUCCUGCCCCCGACCCUCAACCUGGACCGCACAGAGCCAGAGUUCGACCUGAAUUACGUUCCCUGCACAGCGCAGCCGUGGCAGACUCAUGGCCGACGGGUCGCCCUCACAAACUCAUUUGGGUUUGGUGGCACCAACGCCUCACUGUGUCUCGCCAGCACCUGAUGAGCGAGACACUCACAGAAUAUUUGUCAGUAGAAUUGAUUAGCGCUGCUGCUGUUUGUGUGUGGGAAGUUCUUAUUAACUGAUUUAUUUAAAGCCGCUACAAGAAACUUUCAUUUUGUGUUGAUUCUGAUAGCCCCUGUGGACAAAAGCGGUAGUGUCUGCGUUGUUUCGCCUGAUUUCAAUGAGAAUUCAACCAUAUUUAAGAAUAGCUACAUAGAAAUAGCCAAUCUACUCGCUGAUGGUCUUUUCUGUUUAUGUAGGUCAUAUAGAGGUAUCGGUAUGACAUUGACCCUUCCUAAAUCCCGCCCCUUUUUUGCUCUGUGCUCCAAUAACAGUUGAGCAAGCCGCGGUCAGAACCUCCGUCAGCUUUCUCCUUUCCCGUACUUAGCUAUGCGAUGUGCUAGGCUCAUCUGUGUUGAAAAUGAAAUCACAUUUUAGCUAAUAUAAGUUAGCUAAUAUUAAUUGAAUUUAAACUUAAGUGAGCUAAUAUUACAAAAAUACAAAAAGCUAGCUAACUAGCUAAGCAAUGAUUUGUGUAAAUAAGCUAGCUAGCUAGGUCAAUCUGUUUCAUUACUGGUUCAAAACUCUGAAAUAUGUUUAAGGUAAAAAUCCGAAACGUCAAUGACCAUCUAUAAACUGCAAAGACUAAAAAUUCUGAUGAAAGCACUAAAUCAUUGGAAUCUCCUCAACUGUAUUAUUCCUGCUCCUCCAGCCCUGACAGGCACUGCGUCUUCGACACAGCGGUGGAAGAGGUUUUCAGAUCCCAUUCCUACGGAAAGGUAUCGGUAACACAAGGUUUCAUUAGUGUAUAAGCACCUGAAUAUAGGAGUUGUUGUGUUUUGUUAACUGAGAAUGAGCCGUUGUUAUCUACAGACACUGCGGGUUACCUUCCAUGGAGUACUAGAUAGUGGCGUUCAUAUUUUGUUACACGUUUCACAACCACUGUAGUUUCUCCUUCCUCUGGAAGGGGAGGUGAAAGUUACAGAUCUACAACUACCCCUCUAGAUGCCCUAAAUCCUACACACUGGUUCUUUAAAGUAUUAAGAUUUAGCAAAGGAAUUGCCACUGUAACGAUUAUUUAUGUCUGACGUUAUAAGGUUGUUAAUGUCGGAGCAGUAUUUUACUGUUGGAGCAACUCGAGGUGGAGCUGGUUUUUAAAUUCUUUAUACAGUUAAGGAGUUUAAUCCUGUGGUUCCUAACAUAGGGGUCCGGCCACCUGAAGGGGCCACAAGAUAAAUCUGAGGAGUCGUGAGAUGAUAAAUUAGGCAGGAAAGAAGAAAUAGACAGUAGCGUAUUAUAUUUUAUGAGCAAAUCCUAUGUUUUAUGUAAAAACUUAAUCUAAAACUAUACUAAAUAACUAGUAACUGUAGUGGUUUACUGUAGAGGAGUAAAAAGUAUUCAAACAAUAAAAACAGUA